UUUCCCAAAAAAAAAUCCAUUCCCAACCAACAUAAAGGAGAGAAAAGAAAAUGCCCAUCAUGCUAAAAAAGAAAAAAUUAUUCUCAAGCAUGAUAAUUCCAUGUUCACUCCAUAAAUUAUAUGAUUUUUAUAUGGCCAGAGGGCUAAAGAUUUGAGCUUUUAUGCAGAUUGGAUCUCAUGGGCUUGCCCUUGAUUUUUUCUGGAGUGAAUCUUGAGAUGGGCUCUGGGGUGUGAGCUUGGGAUUGUGGUGUUUGGGGAUGUCGUUUCAGGUCAAUAUACAAGAUGGGAAUGAAUGGUACCUGGUUUGCUAGAUGGUUUGUGUUUUUAUUUCUUGUUGUAGAAUAAGGAUACAAGAUGACCUCUCAAAGAUUAACAGGAGAACAACUUAUUGAUCGGGAUUUUGAGUCUUUGAGCGUAUCGAAGCGUCUUGUCAGAAGUGUGAGCCAGAAACUGAAAAGAAAGAACCAUAUAUCAAAUGAAGGUUCUGAUGAGGAUGAGAUGACUGGUGUUUCUUUGAGAUGUCUUACCCUUUAUGGCAGAGGUGGAGGUUGCAAAGUAAGUGCUGACAUGGGGGAAGAGCUUGGGGAUCCAAGCACUAGAAGGAGAUCAAGUGCAAGUGAGGAAGGAAAAGGUUAUAGUACGAUUUGUGGAAAAGAGGAAACGACUGUUGUUGAUUGCUUUUCCCAUGGGAUGAAGGAGAAAUUCUUCAGAAGGAACAACAGAAGGCUCUUAGCGUAUAAUGAUGUGGAACAAAGCAACAGCAUGAAUGCGUGCCUACCUGACGACAUUCUUGAAAUGUGCUUGGUGAGGCUCCCACUGGCAAGUCUCAUGAAUGCUCGGCUUGUCUGCAAGAAAUGGAGAAACUUGACUACGACGCCUCGGUUCAUGCAGAUUAGGAGGGAAGGCCUAUUUCAAAGUUCAUGGUUAUUUCUAUUUGGUGUCGUUAAGGACGGCUAUUGUUCUGGAGAAAUACAUGCAUUGGAUGUCUCCCUAAACCAAUGGCACAAGAUAGAUUCUCAUACUCUAAAAGGAAGGUUUCUGUUUUCUGUUGCUAGCGUCCAGGAUGAUGUCUACGUAGUUGGUGGUUGUUCUAGCUUGACUAACUUUGGAAGGGUGGAUCGGAGCUCAUUCAAGACACAUAAAGGAGUUUUGAUAUUUAGCCCCCUGACUAAGUCAUGGCGUAAAGUCGCAGCUAUGAAGUACGCCAGGUCAUCGCCGAUUUUAGGAACUUCAGAGGUUAAUCCAGAUUGUUUUAUCUUUAGAAACCAACAAAAUCGAUCAGACAGACGCUUUUACAGGCCAAGAGUUGGUGGUGUAUCAGAUGUUUAUGAGGAUCCCCACAGACUUUCAGUUAGACGCCAAUCUAGGCAUUCUCUUGAUGAAAAUGACGUCUCAUUGUUUCCCAGUAUCAAGCCAUGCAAGUUUGUCAGGCAAAAAACUGAAAAUUCAUCCAGCAAAGAUGGUAGAAAGUUCAUAAUGAUUGCUGUGGGAGGUCUCGGGUCUUGGGAUGAACCAUUGGAUUCUGGUGAAAUAUAUGAUCCCAUAUCAAAUAAAUGGACGGAGAUCCAGAGGCUACCUCUAGAUUUUGGAGUGGCUUGUUCUGGUGUCGUGUGUCAUGGAAUGUUUUACGUUUACUCAGAAAGCGAUAAGCUUGUCGGGUAUGACAUGGAAAGGGGAUACUGGGUCAGGAUCCAAACCACUCCAAGCCCGCCCCGUGUGCAUGAGUACUACCCAAAACUCAUCUCCUGUAAGGGUCGGCUUUUUAUGCUGUCUGUCUCGUGGUGUGAGGGAGAUGGUCAAAUUGGCCGGAGAAACAAAGCAGUGAGAAAGCUCUGGGAGCUUGAUCUCAUGUAUCUUACUUGGAAGGAAAUGUCGACACAUCCUGAUGCCCCGAUGGACUGGAAUGCUGCAUUUGUUGCUGAUCAAGAACUGAUUUUUGGUGUCGAAAUGUUCAAAAUUUUCGGUCAGGUUUUGGACUUUGUGACGAUGUUUAAUGUGUCUGAUGCCGGAACAGGCUGGAAUCACAUCUCCAGGAACCAUGCGACGCAUGAUUUGGAUGCUUCUUCGUGCAUGACCAAAUCGAUGGCUGUACUUCGUCUGUAAAUAAGAUAAGACCUGCAUGUCUAAUCUCCAUUUAUUCACACAUUUUUUUUUUCUGAAAACAGACCAUGGUAUGAUGUGAUUCAUGGUGUUCUUGACAUUUCUCAAUACAUGUGGAGCUUUGCUAUUAA